CCAAAGUUAGGUGUUGGACGCAGCAAACGUUGGUCAUCUCAUCCCCCGCACCUGAAAUCAUCCACGCUUCAGUCCAUGUUUGAACACCCCAUGCAAGACGCAAUCUCUGGUCAUGUACCUGUGCCCUAGUGAGAGUGGUGCCAGAGAUAGCAUCGAUAUACGCAAGGCAGUCAACUAAUGAUUCAUGGUCACGGAAAAGGUGGAGAAGAAUUCCCCUUGUGACGUGACGUACAUAACCUGCGCCAACUUGGGCACCUGUCACCGAGCUGCGAGAGGCAGCAAUAAUGCAAUCAAGCCAGCUGAGCACGACAUCAACUGCGUCUGGAAUUGUUGAUCUGAGCAGCGACGACGGAGAAGAUGACAUAGUCUCCAUCUCCUCACAAAUUCAGACAUCAUUCAAUGGGACUCAAUCUCAAGUGACUGACUUCAGCCCACACCCAUCUAUACCGAUCGUCCUUUCGGAUGAUAGUGAGGAAGAUGAUAUAGAUUCCAUAUUGAGGGGGAGAGUUUCGUCUCAACCUGGGCCUUCACAGGCUACGACCUCCGCAUGGGAGGGAACCCGGACGCAGAAAUCGCCUGUCCUCGAAUCACUUAACGCGUUCGACCUUGGAAUUCCCUCCCCCUUUGAUGAGUUUUUCACCCCUGUAGCUUCUCUCAUUCCAAAAACCAGAGGCGCGAAAAGAGUUGGCGAUGAAGGAAUGGAUGAUGACGAUGUGGUGAUACCACCGAAGAAGAGGAGAGCAACAAAACCAAAGAGGAGUAAGGAAGAGAUCGAGGCUGAAAAAGAGGCUAAGAAACGCGAAAAAGAAGCCGAGAAAGCUGCGAAGAAGAAAUGCCUUGAGGAAGAGAAAGCCGCCAAGAAGACACUCCGGGCUGCCAAUAAACUUCCCACACGCAAGCAAGACCUCGUACAAGACUUCACACUCCAUGUUUCCUCCCCACUUCGCGAUAGUCCACUGAUGCAACCUGUCACUGAUCGUCUAGCAGAGCACGGCUGUGCAGUGAAGUACUUUAGCUCUACCCACUUUACCAGUUUAUUCCGUUGGGAACGAAGCGUUAGAGCCAGGUACGACGAACUCAACCGCGAAUGGACCCCCGUCAAGGAGUACAAACGUUUCGAGGCACUUUAUAUGUUUUUUCUGGAAGCAGCAUCUCUUAUCUCGGAGGCAGACAGCAUCCAAGCGUUGAGCCAAACCAUUGAGGGGCUGCGGGCUGAAUACAGGCUUACCUCGAAACAUCAAAUCUUCAUUAUGAUCAAUGAACUGGAGUUGUAUUAUCGGAAGACUGGUAAAGGGAGUAGGGCGGCUAAUGCGCUUGCUCGCUUGGAGGGUCGCGUCCUGGUGAAAAAGAGUGACAUAGAGCGGGCCCUUGCUUCCCUGCAAGCAGCGCAGAAGUGCUUUAUUGUCCACGUCGAAGGGUACGACGAUGCCGCUCAAUGGAUAUACAAUAUGACCGGAGAUCUAGGCAUGAAGCCGCACAAAUUAAUCGAGCGUUCACAUCUUCCGUUCUGCUCUCUCACAAACAUCGAAGUUGGAUCAGAUCCUGAGGACACGUACAAGAAAAUGCUGAUACAACUGAAUCGCAUCACGGAGAACGUCGCUGAUGCCAUAGUAGAACGUGCUCCUACCCUCCGCUCCUUAUUUGAACUUUAUCAGAACGAGCCUGAUCCUAUUCGCAGAAACGCCAUUCUGUCUGAUGUCGUGGUUAAAUACAAUACGGAUGGAACAACUUCUGGAAGAAUAUUGAACUUGGCAUUAUCUACGAAGAUCGCCACUGCGUUUUGGAAUCAGGAUUCCUUACUUGCAUUAACGUGAUAAUGUCACUUCCCCUCGUGGGAAGCUCUCGUACGAUAAUCCCCAAAUUUACUGUUCGAUAACUCUUCACUUUGUUUGCGUUGCAACAAGGAAUCUUACAAUUAGAUCUAUUCUACUACUAUCAUAUUUCCGCUUCUUCAAACUGAAGCACAAGAUAUAUAGGCA